AGAUAACAGACAGACAGAGGAAGACACCRGCUGCUUUCAGCGGUGGGGAUGACAAAGGUCUGAAUGAGAAGCUGAAUGAAGUGGGGGACGUUGAUGUUUGGCUCUUGGGAUGAUGACAGCCGCCUCCCCUCAGAGCCAGGCAGCUGCUGCUGUGAGCUCCGACACAAUGAGCAGGAGAGGAGGAGAGGCAGGGAAAGCGUCCUUAAACGUGGGCCGUUGUGUAAUCCCUCCCUGGGCCCCUUUGCUAUUUUUGUGCCUGGGUCCGCACGUCAUGCUUGGCCGGACACGAGCAGGAUGGAGGACCGGACCGUGCCGUGUGAGGAAUGCCACAUGUGACUGUCGGUAUGGAACAGGAGACCAUUCAAAUGUCAGGUGACCCUUCCCUGCAGUCCACAUGUGUGUUGAUACCACUCCUGUUACAUAACAGAUAUCAUCCGUAAAAAUCGAUUGCAAAGGAAGUGACAUUGGAUUCAUGGAGUCACUUGAAACUACUGCAGGGGUGAAAAGCUCCACCGAGGGUCAGGAAAGAAAUGUUGCACAGAAAAAAGACCCAUCGGAGCCUGCACAGACUAAUAGGAGACCGUCGGUCAAAUCGGAGAGCAAAGCAGGGCACCGACAGCCUGAGGAAACCCAGAGCAAAGACACAUGUUUCAGUGAGAUAUCAGACUCAGGGAAAUCUCUGCAAUUAGAAGGUAAACUGUCCCAAACCCAGUCCACAAGCCAUCAAGACUAUGAGGUGUCUUCAUAUCAGCUGCAGUCUGCAAAACCCUCCUCUAACAUCAAACAAAAAGUUUCAGCACAGUCACCAGGACCUGCAUCCCAAAGGAAGUGUCCAACUUCACCUGAGCAACAGCGCUCACAUCCAGGGACAGAUCAGGUGACAGAGGUGACGUCCAAGGUGGAUCUAAAACCACAGAAACCAGGGAAGUAUGUUUGUGAUUACUGUGGAAGGGCAUGUGCCAAACCCAGUGUUCUGAAGAAACAUAUUAGGUCACACACCGGGGAACGACCCUAUCCAUGUGUCCCGUGUGGGUUUUCCUUCAAAACCAAGAGUAACCUCUACAAACACAGGAAGUCCCACGCUCACUCAGUCAAAGCUGGAUCAGUGCCAUGCUCAGAACUUGGGUCCUACAACGCCAAUAUGGAGCAGGGAUCCUUUGAAGUGGAAGGAGAGUUAUUUUCUGAUGCCGAGCAAAGCACGGACACGGACGAGGACACGCUUAGUGACCCACUGCUGCUGCUGGACUCUCCAAUGGAGGGAUCAGAUAACACUGCUGUAAAAGUACUAAAUCUCAUCGCGCAGAAAAAAGGAGGCACAUCAUUGUCAGCUCAGGAUGGUUCAUCCCAUCCUCAAGAAAUCAAUGCAUCUCCUGUCACGGCUGAGGCGAGCCGUUCAAAUCAAUCUUCCACCAUCAAGCAGAAGCUUGCACUUCGACUGUCUGAAAAAAGAAGCAGCGACUCCGAGCAUAAUCUCUCUCUCCCGAGUCAAUCCAGCAAGGGCAGCACCGACUCUGGCUACUUCUCCCGCUCUGAGAGCUCUGAGCACCAGACUGGACCUCCAAACACCAACGCAAAGUCCUACCAAGAGAUCAUGUUUGGAAAAUGCUAUCGUCCGAGUCCUAAACAAACCUCAGCCUAUCUGGCUUGUUGCACGGAGUCAGACGAGUAUGCUGGGAAGUGCUCAGAAAAAGGCGUGUCCCGCGUUUUCACUCAAGAAAAAGACACAGUUGAGUCAAUCAAAAUAAACACAAAAUCCUUCACACGAGAGGAGGUUAAAGAGUUGCUGUUGGACGCCGGCUCUGACAUGGGGCCUCUGAUCAGAAGCAACUCAAUGCCAACGACCUCAGCGGUGUGUCUGAGUACGCCACAGGCCCUGAGAGGCAGCCACUCGUUUGAUGAAAGGACAAGCACAGGCGGCUCGAGGAGACUCAAACGGCAGGGUGCAAUCGAACUAUCUGUGCAUGACGGUCACACAGACACAGAGAGCCAUGGUAAGAUCUCUCCUUUGGGACUGGAAGUGGAAAACCACUCCUCAAUGGCACCUGGUAUGAGCCAACAGAAACAUGCCAUGGAACUGGCAACCCGGAAACGUCGCAAAGAGAAGAGAGAAGACGAGGAUCUGACUGGCCAGUAUGGGGGCCACCAUGAGCUGUGUGAUGACAUGUUUGAUUCAAGCAAGGACUAUGAUUUAAAACAAGCUGCAAUGGGCAUUAUGGCUCUAGGGAGAGGACAUUUGGACAGGUGUGAUAUGGACAUAUCAAUKAGCACUGAAACAUCUGGACGAAAAACUUUAGGGAAUGUAAUUUCAGUUAUUCAGCACACAAAUUCAAUCAACAGGCCUCACUCUGAACAGUCGGAACUGUACAAAUGUCAUGGACAGAGACUGGAAACUCUGUCUUCGUUUCAGGCAGUGGAGGCCAGUGAGUCUUUUGAAAUGGAAUGUGACGGCAAAUUAAGGCAAUCUGCUCAGCUGGGGCCUAAACUCGUGCGACAGUCGAACAUACAAGUCCCAGAAAUUAGGGUUACAGUCGAGCCGGACAGUCCAGAAAAAGCUCCAGAAGUUCAAGCAAAGGAGCUGGAAAAGCACACCGAAGAGUUUCAGUGGCCACAAAGGAGUGAAACUUUAGCACAAUUCCCUCCAGAAAAGCUCCCUCCAAAGAAAAAACGGCUUCGCUUGGUUGACAUUGAGCACUCCUCUGGUGAAUCGAGCUUCGAGUCGGCCUGUACGAGUCUGUCCCGCAGCCCGAGUCAGGACAGCAACUUAUCUUACAGCUCCACGUUUUCAUUCGACAGAGAGGAGAGCCUAAAGUCUGCCUCUCCGGUCAGGCAGGAUGAGUUUGGGAAACCGCUGGAGCUUUUAGCCGUGCCAGUGAGUGGGCACUCCCUGUCUGUGCUCCACCAACGGCAGCAGCAUGAAAUGAGACGCUCCUCCUCAGAGCAGGCGCCGUGUAACUUACGCAAAGAGUUCCCAGAGGUACGCAGCGUAUCGUUUGACUAUGGCAGCCUUUCUCCAACGUCCAAAGUUAGACACGUAGAUGUUAGCUGUGUGAAGGAGAGGAGGAGGGCGAAUUUGGUGCGACAGGAGUCACUGAAUAUGGACACUGAAGUCCCAUCACAAGUGUUUCCACCGUACCUCAGCUCCCCUCUGUUUGCAGCACCCACUGUUCUGCCACAGACUUUGCCAAUGUUUUCCACUGGGAAUACGUUCCCACAGCUACCAUAUCCAAGCCUAGUUAUUCCUGUUCGAAUUCAAACUAAUGUGCCAUCCUUUGGCAGCAUCACGUACACCUCUGUAUCACAGAUUUUUGACAAUCACUACAAUAGCUCCGCUAUACCUUCCCUAAAAAAUCAAACUUCACGCCUGUCCAGAAACCUCGAUUCUCACAACGUGUCAGCUCACGCCAAACCACCCACAACUCACACGCUAAACGUGGAAGCUCUGGAUUUGUCCUCAGCAAAGCUAAAGACGGGCAUUCCUCUGUCUCUGACCUCCAGGACCAUAUCAACCACCAACGCCUCCAGCGGGGGCACGAACAAGCGCAUGCUGUCUCCAGCCAGCAGCUUGGAUCGCUUCAUGGAGGUCAAGCAGCAGAAGAGGGUAAAGGAGGAGAGGAUUUUUGGGCAAAUAGUGGAGGAGCUGAGCGCGGUGGAGUUGGGGAAAUGCCACCUGAGCGAGGAGAUGCAGGGCGACCUGCGCAGGAUCCCGGCCGUGGAUCGAUGCGAUGAAACAGCCAUGGAAAGCAGCUCUGUGAUGUCAGCCACCGAAACAAAAGAACCGCUGCAGAUGGACGUGCUGGUGCAGCUGGUCACACGCCGGGACACCCUGAUGUCGGACCCGGAGCAUUCGCAUGUCCUCUCUCAGUUUCCCAGUCUUCGCACGACAACAGGUGUGAGCUGGUGUUACCUGAACUACACCAAGCCCAGCUGCUCCCACAGCGGCGCUCCCUUCGCCUCGGUGUAUGCUGCCUGGUGCGUCACGGCCCACAACCCCAAUCCUCUGGAGCUGAGCACCGGCGCCGCGCUGGCUCUGCUGCAGUCCAGACAGAGGGGAGAUAAGGUUAUUUACACCGUGGCCGCCAUGUGUCAGCCUGGCACAGGGAAGCUGGUGUCAUCCCUCAUCCUCUGGAGACAGACCGUGGAGCAGCUGCAGAGGAAAUCGGAGCCCAAGGAGGUGGACGUGGCCUACGGGAAGAAGGUGAAAGACAUCAGCUGCAGAGCCAAAACUGCAAAGGAGGAGUGGAAAGAAAGGGAGGCCUCCACCAACCAAACAGUGCCAACAAGGGUUAAAAUCUUUGAGGGAGGGUACAAGUCCAAUGAAGACUACGUGUACGUCCGGGGCCGAGGCCGGGGCAAAUACAUUUGUGAGGAGUGUGGAAUCCGCUGCAAGAAACCAAGCAUGCUGAAAAAACACAUCCGAACCCACACAGAUGUGCGACCGUACAUCUGCAGGGUGUGCAACUUUGCUUUCAAAACUAAAGGUAACCUGACUAAACACAUGAAGUCGAAGGCACACAUGAAGAAAUGUCUUGAACUGGGAGUGUCUGUGAGCAUGGAUGAGACGGAGAUACAGGAUCACAUGGAAAACAUCCAACAAGAGUCGAAGGCAGAGGUGGCAGCAGCUGCCAAACACCAGUUCUCUGACGCUGACGACUCUGACGGCAUGGACGAGGAGGCUGAUGAGAUUGAAGAAGAUGACGAUGAGGAUGAAGAGUACGAAGGAGACUCCACCCCGAAGCUGAAUUCAAGGAGUACGAGUCCUCAGCCCUGUGGAGUCCCGUCAGUGUCAGUGACAGCCACAGCUGCUGUCCUCAGCUGCUCAGUGAGCACUCUGCCUGGAGCUGAGGAGCAGCAGCAGUCCUCUGGGAACCGUCUGGGUCCAGACCACCGGGCUGCUGUCCCCACGGAGCAGAGAGACAAGUAUGUGGACGAGGACUCUCUGACCAUGCUGGACCACACUGGGCUCCCCUUCGAUCCUUACUCCUCCUGCCUGCUGUCUCCUGGCUGGGAGUCUCCCAUCAGGGAGCCCUCUCCGUCACGUCUGCGUUACCCAUCCCCCAGGCGAGAGCUGUCCCCGAGGGGACGCUCGUCUCCCAGGUGGGACACGUCUCCACUGAGGCCCGGCUCGCCAAACUUCAAAUCCAUCCAGCACCCAUCGCCGGUGUCGUUGGAGCGACCCGUGUCUCCUGGGACGGAGCUGAGUGGGAAGUCGUCUGUGAGGGGCCGGCAGCGGGUGGUGCUGAGGGCCGUGUCCCCACGCAGGGGCUCGCACCAACACAAGGCCGGCUGUGAUAAACCCCGACACCAAGCAAAGAUCGACAUGUCUCUGCAGCAAGCAGGCUUUGACAUG